AUGGUUUUCUCUCGGAUCUGGACUAUUGACAUACCUUUCUCAUCUCGUUGGUCUAGGGCUGGAUUGUUGAGGGUUGGUGAUUUCGAUUCGAGGUGGUCAGUUCUUGCUAUUGGGGUUUGGAUCGGAGGCUGUUUCGACUGUCUUCUUGGCCAUUGGAAGUCGGAUUUUUGUGGAAAACGCUUGGGCAGAUCAUCUAGUCUCGCGGUUCCAGAAUUGGCCGGGACGGGUCCGGUUUCUCAGCGGUCGGAAGGUGGUCGAGGUUUCUCUCCGGUUUGCGCGAUGGUGAGGCGAGUGAUGGUGGUGGCUCAUCGGAGAUCUAGUCAUCGUCGUUGGGCUGGGACCAUUCCUUGGGCUUAUGAGCUGAGCUUGAUGGGCUCGAGAGUAGCUAGUUCGGGAGAAGAGCUUCGGGGUUCUAGAAUGCGAUAUUUUGGUUGUUUUAAUGUUUCUAGUGGUUUGGGUUUAUUGAUCGACAUGAUGCGGAGUGGCUUACUGGUCUCAUGGAGGAUGUUUAUCAGCUGCGGAGAUGAUCAUGGUUCAAUCUUGUCUGCCCUCAAGGUCGCCGUACAGUUUCGACCUUGUGGUUCCGUGAAUGGAUAUGAGACAAGCUCUGCUUGA